AUGGGCUUGGUGGCCCGGGGCGCGCUGAUCUGCGGCUGCAUUCUGGGCUCCACUGGUCUGCUGCUGGCGCUGCUGCUGCUGGUGCCUGAGCUGGUGGCCUCGGGGCUCCUGGCCUAUUCCUUCGGGCUGCGGCAUGCGGUGGACGUGGACCACAUCGCGGCCAUCGACAACACCGCCCGGCGGCUCACUAGCGCUGAGCGCCGGCCGCUGACGGUGGGGCUCUUCUUCGCCAUGGGCCACUCCCUGGUGGUCUUGCUGGCGUGCCUGUGCAUCCUGUUGGCCCAGGGCUUCAUGAAGGACCACUUGGAGAUCUUCCAAGAGUAUGGCGGCCUCAUAGGCACUUCCAUCUCUGGCACCUUCUUGACCAUCAUCGGGCUCCUGAAUUUGUACACCGCGCGGCAGCUGUGGCGUGCUUGGAAGGGCGACGAGAGCUGCGGUCAUAGCCAUGAGAUUCUGGGCGUCGUCACCAGGUGCUGCCCCCGACUCUUCGAGGGCAUUCGGGAGCCUUGGCAUAUGCUGCCUGUGGGCUUCCUCUUCGGCCUCGGCUUCGACACCUCCUCCGAGGUGGGCCUUCUGGGCAUCGUCGCGGUAUCCCAUGGCCUCGCGCAGCCCGCGGCGGUGCUGCUGCUGCCGUUGCUCUUCAUGUCGGGAAUGUGCCUGCUGGACACGCUGAACGGCUUCCUCAUGGCCUGGGUCUACAGCACCUCCCUUGAGGAUGAGAGGCCGAAGCUGUACUUCAACCUCUUCCUCACCUCCAGCAGCGGCCUCAUCGCCCUGCUCAUUGGCUGCCUGGAGCUUCUGUCCCUGUGCCCCCGACUUUGGCAACUGGACGGGGGCUUCUGGGCGCUGCUGCAGAAGGCCAACGACAACUUCGAGCUGCUGGGGGUGGUGGUGAUUUCCAUCUUCCUCGUGUCCCUCCUGCUUGCCUUGGCCUGCUUCCGCCGGGUCUUCCGGCGGCGGUCCGACGGGGCGGAGGCCUUGCUGCGCGAGAACGUGGUGCGCUACGUGCAGAGUGGCGACUUCAUCGAUCGCUCUGGCGUGUAA